UGCGCUGACUGGAGAGGAUGGGCUAAUAGACAGAGUUGAUCUAGCCAGUGCAGCGCCUGAUCCUGAGCCAUCGGAAGUGUGUUGUUCGAUUUUCCAUCAAUUUAGAAUGUAGUAAAUGUAUUUUUUACAAUUGACUUAUUUUCACUAUUGACUUGGAAAAGCAAAGACAUCAAAACCAUCAUUAUUUCAGUUAUCGUGGACGUUCAAUAUUCAAAUAUUGAAUUUGAAUACUGAGAAUCACAUACAAUACUGGUAUUGUGUUCGAAAAGCUGCCUUAAAAUCUUGCAACAUGAACGAACUACUAAAUAACGUCCCCGAUGAUCAGUUCACUCACAUAGCGUAUCUUAUAGAAUUCUAUCCUAAGGAAGCAAAAACAUUAUUGACAGAGGAGUUGGCCAAAGCACACGAUAGCUGGGGAACGCUACUGCACUAUGCAGCUGAUAAUGACAGGGCUGACAUUGUGAAGCGUUUAAUAAAGCUGGGAGCUGAGGUUGACUGCUUAAGCGAGAACGGGCGAACUCCCCUCAUGUAUGCCAUAGAACAACAGAGCACUGCAUCUGUUUACGUUCUAUUGAAAGCUAAUGCCAGUAUCCACGCCGUUGAUUACUAUGGGUGCAGCCCUGUGCACAUGGUGUGCGAUCCAGACUACUGGUACGACGAAAUCGCUGAGCCAAUUCUUCUUCAAUUGCACCGAGAGAUUAACGAUAUAGACAAGCUGGUUGAACGCUUGAUGGAUCUCGGGUGCAAUUUCUACACUGCCACACUUCUGGCCAAUGUCAAGGUGCUAGAGUGCAUGUUGGACCGUGGCUACGACGUUAAUUCGAGAGGUACUAACGAUGGAACUGCGCUGCACGUUGCCGCUAAAAAGGGCAACUUGGAGUUGGCCCAAUGGCUGAUUAGUAAAGGGGCGAAUAUUAUGGCUCUCGAUGAGAAUGGAAACGGCUUACUAUUCCACGCAGCUCAGAGCAAAAACACGGUGAUGAUAAAAUUAUUUGUAAAUCUAGGUGUAGAGAUAAAUACGGUAGAUAACAGAAAUGGAAGCACUCCGUUCUAUGAGUUGAUCAAGUAUUCGUGGAAAAAUGAGGCAGACGAGUGCUUAGAGUUUCUGCUUCAACGCGGCGCUAUACUCAAAAAUAGAAAUGAUCCCGAAGACGGCACACUCUUCAGCUGGGCAAUAUUCAAACGGGACUACAAUAAAGUCAAAUUGAUGAUAUCUCAUUUGGCGCUACUGCAUGAGAUCGGUAAAUCGAUUACGGAAUCCGUAAUGUUUUGCAGUGACGACGAGCAAAGACACAUUUUUGUCGACGUCGGAAAAUAUUAUGAACUAUGCCAGCGAAUGCUCAAAUGCCACAUCGUCAGUAACUUUUCGUUAUUACAAUUGCUGACGAUGGACGAACACGAAUUGAAAGGACUAGUGCGCAAUGAAACCUUCAUUCCUACGAUAAACGACUUCUGUUUUAAGUUCAACAUGAAGAUGAAAUUCCCUUACUAUGUAAACACCCUAUUUAAUAAUCUCACUGCGGUCAAGGAUAAAGUGAAGCUAGAAAACCAAGCGGUUCAAGUAAUCUGUAAUAUUUUCAAUAGUGAUCACAACAAGUGUUACCUUGUCGCGAGAAAAAUAAUGGAACUCCUGGACGCGUCUGAUAUCGAACAAUUGAGUUGCUUCACACUUAAUUAAUCGCAGCGAGCAAUAUUUGGACUUUGCUAAUGUAAAUAACUUAUUAAGGGAUUCUAUAUCAUUGUGACGUAAUACAAAUUUUAAGAUAAGUGACAGUAAGAGUACUGUUUUGUUUUCAGUUUUUGGAAGAUCCGACAUGAAGAGGUAUUUUAUUGUACAAGAAUAAAAAUAAAUCAUUAUCCAAAUGAUUUUUUUAAUCUACCUAAGAAAGUAAAUUUAUUUAGUGAUUCAUCAACUCCAAAAUUAUGUUAUAUUGUCAAAAAACUCCGAGUAUUAGAAUAACAUUAUUCAAGUACUUUUAAAAAAAAUUUAGUGAUGAUUGAAAUCACUACUGAAGAUUUACUUGAUUAAUUAGUAUUUAUUAUAUUAUAUUAUUGAUUGCUUGUGAAUUAGUGCAAUAACUCAUAAGAAUGUAAUUUAAAAAUUAUAGAGUCAACAUUUGGGCCAGAUAAGGAAUAUUUAUUAAAAAAAUAGCUGAUUAGCUAUCUAAUAUAUUUUGAUCGACUGAAAACGAAUCUGCUGUUAAAAUUAUUAUACAGAUUAUCUUCAGUUUUGCUUCGUCGCAAAAGAAGAAUGUUUUAGUGAAAUAAAUUCUUUUGAUUUAUUUUUAUUAAAUAAAGUGUGGAUAAAAAGAUUCGUAUAAAUCAAAUGAAUCAGUUUGACAUUAUUUAAAAAUAUAUCAUAAAAUAGUUUUUAAUAACAUAGUUUUGAAAUAUUGCUUUUUAUUUUUAUUUUCUUACACGUUUUUUGUAAUAUACUCUCACAGAAUUUACUUUACUCUUCUUUAAUUUGAAAAAGAAUCAUUUUUCUUUGAUAAUUUUGAUGCAAACUACGAGUUAACGGCAAAUUUUUACAUCUCGGAAAAUUUGCAAUAAUAUUUUUCAAAAUUUUAACUAACGUUGUCUUAUAUAAUUAAUGAAAUGUUCAACAAACUUCAAGCCAAAGAAUUUUUAUCUCAAAAUAAGCCUUUUGAAUUUAUACGAUAAUUUUAGUAAUUUUGAUUCAAUUGAUCUGAAAUUUGCUACAUUUUACAAACUAUAAAUUAAGUUAAUUGUCAAAAUCGUUCAGUUUAUAUGUACCCGAAUACCGUAAGUAAUAUAAGUAUACCUAA